AUGUUCGUCGAUUUAAUAGCAACCGAUAUGUCAACAACGACGACAGUUAUCGGUACUGGACCAGAUAUCGAGAAUUACGGAGUUCUUCGUUUCCGAUAUAAUUAUUUUCGCACGAAGACGAAAGUUUUACAAGACUUUCCUGAUGAUCCUACAAUAAGAAGUUAG